GCCUGCUCGGGUGGGGGCGGAGCGAGGCUCUAGUCGGGCACGUGAUAGGGCCGGGAAGUGGGAGGGCGGUCACAUGACUGGACUCUCCGUUUUCCCCCUACCAAGAUGGCGGUGUGUAUCGCAGUGAUAGCCAAAGAGAACUACCCGCUCUACAUCCGGAGCAUCCCUGCGGAGCAGGAGCUGAAGUUCCAUUACACGGUGCACACGUCUCUCGAUGUGGUCGACGAGAAGGUUUCUGCGAUGGGAAAAGCCCUCGUGGAUCAGAGGGAGCUCUACCUGGGACUCCUGUACCCUACGGAAGACUACAAAGUAUAUGGCUAUGUGACGAAUUCCAAGGUGAAAUUUGUUAUGGUGGUGGAUUCCUCCAACACAGCACUUCGAGACAACGAGAUCCGCAGUAUGUUUCGAAAGCUACAUAAUUCCUACACAGAUGUCAUGUGUAACCCCUUCUAUAACCCUGGAGACCGUAUUCAUUCUAGGGCCUUUGAUAACAUGGUGACUUCCAUGAUGGUGCAGGGUUGCUGAGAGAAUGAAUAGUUUCCAGUGAUUUCUGAACCGUGCCAUUUUGUACAGAAUUGCGUCAUGCAGAUGUAUGUAUAUAUUGUAUAUAAUAUGAAAGCCGCGCUCUUUGGAUGUCCAGAAACUCUUGUGUAAAGCGAAAGACUGUAGAGAGCUUGUCUCAAUAAAAACCUGAAU